UACACCCUAUUCGAUUAAGUUAUAGUUAUACCUAAGUGUCACAUUGAGUUGUCCUACAACUGACAUCCCUAUCCAACUUCUACUCUCGUUUCCAAUUUGUAAUUCAUUUCUUUAUAUUAUAAUCCGACCCUGCUUCUUUCAUUUAAUAUGGACUCAAAAUUACAGUCCUUACCAAAAUUUAUUAGAUCCGAACCUUCUCCCAAAGUAAUGGAUUCUGCUUUUCCUCCUUUCAAAAUCGAACACCGUUAUCGUGGUGUUUAUGAAAGAGCUGGUUUCGAUGUUAAUCUUGGUGGUAAUAACGAUACUCGUUCAUUAAGAAGCCCGAAAUCUAAUCAUGGAGCUCAAUUCCCCAAAAUGAUGAAGAGUCCUCCUUCAAAUGUUAAUUCCCCUACCGUCAGUAAUCAUUCUAAAUUUAAUAAGAAACCAUAUAUUCCAAAUUAUGAUCAGUCCAAUUCCCAAAAUAGAUCAUUUAGUGAAAUCACUACUCCUCAUCGUAUUUUAAAUAAUUCGGGAUUUAAUUCGUCAAAUCGUUCUUUAUCGGAAUCUUCUUCUCAACCAAAUACCAGCAGAUCUACCGAUUUAUUCAUAAACCAUUCAUCCUCAGGUAAAGAAGAAGUAUCUCCUCCUUCAUCUCCAGACUCUCCUGAAUUAUCCGCGUCUAGUAAACAAGGUAGAAAACCUCCACCUCGUGAUAGCUUUAAUUUUAGCCCACAGUCAAAUCAUUCAGCUUCAAGAAAUGUUAAGAAUUUGCAGCUUAAUUUAGGUGCUCAUUCUAAUGACCCCGAUUCAAUUAAUAUAACCCGCGAUGAAGAACCAUUUUCCGAUGGGGACGAUUUUAAAGAUACCAGAGAAACUUCAAUUGAUCAGUCGUUUGAUUCUCCUCAAAAUAGUAAUAAAACUAAUGAAUUAAAUGCUCCUUAUCCAAUUGAUAAUGAUCAAAAUACCCUUAAUACCCCUUCUAAUAUCGGUGAAGAUCCUAAUCAAAAACAAAGAUUAUCAUCCCUUUUGGAUGACUUUAAAAAAGAUAUUGAAAUUCAUAAAAAUUAUCAACCUCAACCAAAACAAAAUUCUCCCGUCACUAAAAGUCCUCCUUUACCAUCAAUGUCUCCUUCUCAACUAGGUUUGGCUCGCUUUGAUAAUUCUCCAAGUAAUCAACAAGAUGAUUAUCAAAAUUAUUUACGUAGUCAAUCUUCUCCUAAUGCUAAUAAUUUUAGAAAUUCUCAAAUUUCUACUGUCAGUUCAGUCAUCUCAAAAGGCUCGGUUUAUGAUGAUGAUGAUGAUGAAAUUGAACAAGAACUUCAAAGACAAUUAGAAAAUUUGAAAACAAAUGGCACUAGUCGUGAAGAAAUUCAAAGUGAUACUUCAAAUAUCGAUGAUUCAAGAUCUUUCACCCUGGCUUCAAUGUCUUUCCAUAAUACUAAUGUAUCAGUUCCAAAAUUAGUCGUGGAUGACUAUCCAACCCCAAAUGAUACCAUUCAUUCUAUUCCUACUCCUAUGGAAGAAGAAACAAAAGUACCUACGUUCACCAUUGAUGAUGCUGAAACCGCAGAAGCUAAAGCUAAAAAGGAACAUCAAGAAGAAAGCGAGCUUGAUGAUUUAUCUUCCAAUGCCUCAUUUGAGUCGGUUAAGCCUUUAUCUGUACGUCAUUCUCGUAUUAAACCAUUUGAUGAUAAUGAAUUACAUGAAUUGAAACAAAUUGAUGAAAAUAAUUAUCCUUCUUUACCUUCUAAUAUAGAUCCCUACUCGGUGCCACCAAAGCGUGGAGUUAUGUUUGAUGAAACAGUAACAACUAUUGAAACUCCAGAAGUUUAUAAAAAUAAUCAUCAAAAUGAUCAAGUUUCACCACAACACUCUCAAUCACUGCAAACUUCUAAUCAACUGCAAUUGCCUUAUCCAACUCAAGAAUAUCACGAGCAACAAGAUGAAACUCCAGAUAUGCCACAACUGCUGGAUUUUGUUAAACCUUUAAGUCCAAAAAAUCAUCAAAUUCAAGAAGAACUUUCAGGAAUGAAUUUCCAAAUGCAUGAUAUGCCAGAAUCUCCUGGUAGUGACCAAUAUGAUGAAGAUAUUCAACCACUCAAUACUAAGUCAAUUGAUGCUAUUUUAGCUAGUGCCAACCAGUCUUCAAAACCAGUGGCUCCACCACCAAGUGAUUUUGAACCAUUUCCAAAAUCCAAUUCUGAAUCACCAAAACAAGAUUCAAAAAGAACCAUGUACCCACCUGGUCAAGGUCCUUGUCGUAUUUGCCAUCAAACUAUUUCACCAAUGGCAAAAGGCUCUCAAAAAGCAAUUUAUUCUAAAACUGGUGAAUUAUCAGGCCAAUGGCAUCGUUCAUGCUUUACUUGUGCUUAUGAUAAUUGUGGAAUAAAAUUCAAUAAAUCGGUUCAAUGCUAUGCCUUAGAUGAUAACGCAUAUUGUCAUAUGCAUUAUCAUGAGCUUAAUGGAACAUUGUGUGAUUCAUGUCAUAACGGUAUUGAAGGUGAAUGUAUUGAAAAUGAACUUGAACAAAAAUGGCAUUUAAAUUGUUUAACUUGUGAAAAAUGUAAUUAUACUAUUUCGAAUGAUUACUAUUUAAUUAACAACCAUAUUUAUUGUGAAGAAGAUGCUAUGAACAUUAUCCACGGAAGGGGUAGUUAUAAUGGAUUAGAUGGAAAUUUGAAAUCAGGUGGUUUGAGUACAGUCGAUAAGAUUGAAAAGAGAAGAACAAGGGUUUUAUUUGUUGAUUAA